GUGCGUGCGUGGGUGCAUGCAUGCUCAUGCUGCCUCUGAGGUCAGGCAGAGUGUGGCAGGCUCAGGCAGAGAGAAGACCUGUCGAAUGAUUUUCCCUUGGAGGUCACAAGGUAAAGAAAGGCCAUAAACAAAACCUGACAGCUAUCCCCUCAGCAUCAACCUACAGGACCCUCUGCUUUGAAGCUCAAACAACAAUAUCACACACAGGUGCACUGGCCCUCAUCCUUAUUUCAAUCCUUUGCUACAUCCUUCUUUAAUUACCCAUCUCAAAGCCAGUGAGAUUGAAGGCCUGCACUAGCCAACAUGUCUACGUUCCGGUUUGGUCAGCACAUCAUCAAGGCUUCAUCCGUGUUCCUGCAGACAGAGCUAUCCUUUGCACUGGUCAACAGAAAGCCUGUGGUGCCUGGACAUGUGUUGGUGUGCCCCCUGCGGCCAGUGGAGCGCUUCCGGGACCUGCGUCCUGAGGAGGUGGCUGAUCUCUUCAGCACCACCCAGAGAGUGGCAAACCUGGUGGAGAAACACUUCCAGGCAACGUCACUUACCAUCGCUGUACAGGAUGGCCCCGAAGCUGGACAAACUGUGAAGCAUGUGCACGUCCAUGUGCUCCCCAGGAGGGCGGGAGACUUUGAAAAGAACGACAACGUCUAUGAUGAGCUCCAGAAGCACGACCAGGAGGGCGGGGACGUGUCUUUGUGGAGGACAGAGGAGGAGAUGGCUGCGGAGGCUUCCAGUCUGAGGGGACAGUUCAGCUAGAUAUACCUGGUAAACACCUGUGUCUCUACUGACUCAACAGAGUUUUUAACCCAUAUUCAAUCCUGUACUUUAAACACGUUAACUCAAAAUAGAAAAGCAAAUAUUAUACACACAGUGUGUAAAGUCAUGUUUUUGUGAGAUCUUUUGUAGAUGACAUCACUGACAAAGAAGGUUGGACAUGAUUCAUUGUAACUGUACCUGAAUAGAUAAUUCAGUUUAUUCUUUUUGAUUCAACAUCUUUUAUCACUACAUGCCAGGAAGGUUUGUGUGAUGGAAGUUGAUGAUGCUUUUGUUUGGUGCACCUGAUGAAAAACCUCAUUUAAAUAUGGAUGUGGAACAGUGAGAUCAGUUGUGUUUAAUUGUGACAUUGUUGAAUUGUGAAUCAUUGUCUUUUGUGUAACUGGUUCAUUAAAAUACAUGUUGAACAUAAAGUACAUGGUGAGGAAUCACUUUUUUUUUUAAACAUGCAGUGGUGCAAAGUUGUGUCUAACUGUAAGGCCUGCUGUUAAAUUUGCACACUGAAAAUACUGUGAAAAGAAUUUCAAACAGGUAAAGUUGAUGAUAACAUUCGUAUCAUUUAUUUCAUCUGAAUAUUGUCAUUGAAGAAAUACAGUUAUGUUAUGACAGAAUCUCUGACAGCUGUAAUUGAUGAAUUGGUGGUAUUUAUGGCUAACAAAUUGCACAGCACGCUGAUCUUUCUUCUUUUAUUGAUGUUGGAGUAAAAUGCCAAUCUUGCCAUUAACUCAGCAGGAAGUGAAAACAGAAUUCUUCCAUUUAAAUACAGCGUGCCAAUCUCUCGCUGUGUUGA